GCUGACAAGGAUCUAAGGAGCACCUGGUAAUCAUCAGUUUAAGUGCACAGGGAAAUUAUCUGGAAAGAACUGACCAAGGCAAAGCUUUAAUAGAGCUGCUCAGAGCCAAAGAGGAUUCCUCAAGCCUCCAGCAAGAGUUCCAGCAGAGUUUGGGCCCCUGAGCAGUCCAAGCAAGGGAUGACGUGAAAUCUUAAAUAUUCACCGAGGAGCUUCAACCCCAUCCUUCCUCCUCCUUCGUCCUCCUCCUGGGACCAAACAAGACCAUUCGCCUUUAUCCCCACAAACAAGGGUCCACAAUGACAUCAGUCCUCUUGUGUUUCCUCCUGGCUGCUCCGCUGCUGCUUGUCUCUGGCAGCCCAGUUUACAAAUCUGACAAUGGGACUGUGCCACUGGUGCUGUGGCAUGGGAUGGGCGACAGCUGCUGUAACCCGCUCAGCAUGGGAGCGAUAAAGAAGAUGAUUGAGCAGGACAUCCCUGGUAUCUACGUGCUCUCACUGAUGAUUGGAGGAAAUGUCAUUGAGGACACAGAAAAUGGGUUUUUCAAGGACGUUAAUGAGCAGGUGUCCAUGGUGUGCAACCAGCUGGCCAAGGACCCUGAGUUGAAGGGAGGAUAUAACGCUAUGGGCUUCUCCCAGGGGGCUCAGUUUCUGCGAGCGGUGGCUCAGCGCUGUCCCUCUCCUCCAAUGAAAACCCUGAUCUCUGUCGGAGGCCAGCACCAAGGAGUGUACGGGCUGCCGAGGUGUCCCGGAGAGAGCUCCCACAUCUGUGACAUGAUUCGUGAAGCGCUAAACAAAGGAGCAUACACCGACCUGGUUCAGAAACAUCUGGUUCAGGCGCAAUACUGGCACGACCCCUUAAACGACGACCUUUACAGGACGCACAGCCUGUUUCUGGCCGACAUCAACCAGGAGAGGUCUGUAAAUGAGACGUAUAAGAAGAAUCUUCAGCUGCUGGAGAAGUUCAUCCUGGUCAAGUUCCUGCAGGACACUGUGGUGGAUCCUGUCGACUCAGAGUGGUUUGGCUUCUUAAAAAAGGGUCAGGCUAAAGAGACAGAGACUCUGCAGGAGAGCGUCCUCUACAAAGAGGAUCGUCUCGGCCUGGCAGCGAUGGACAAAGCUGGAAAACUGGUUUUCCUGGCAACGGAGGGAGACCACCUUCAGUUCACCAGAGAAUGGUUCAACGAAAACUUGCUUCCUUUUCUACGCUAAAUCCUCCUGCAGCAAAUAUAAAACCAGCGAAAAAGAACGGGAAUGAACCCCGCUUCUAGAGAAAUUAACUUCAAGAAAUGAGAUUAACACCUAGAGCGGGGCUGCAGAAAGCACAUAAUGCAUUCCUUUUGCACUGAUCACUUGUGGCAUGUUGAUACUGUUUGUGUAAUUUUAGCAGAUUAUGUGUGUGAGUUUACUACUGUAUUAAAACACUCCACUGGAGCUGUUCAGUUGAGGUCAAAUGAUUAAAAUGUUAAAUUGAGAUUUUUUUUUUCCUUUUCUGUUUGCAUCUGUACAUAUUACACAUGAAACCCAAUAAAGACAACACAAAGCCAA